AUGGUUAAGAUGGAGCUGACUGGGGAUACCAGUUCACAGGAUAUCAAAUCGUGGAACGCUUUCACUGCAGAUGGUUUGGGUCCUUGUCAUAAUUUUAUAUGCCUUGCUGAACAUGAGGGACUCAAAGACGCCGCAGAAAGUCUGGGUGAGCGAGAAUUCAGGGGGAUGCUGGUUCUUAAAACAUUAGAGACUUUGGUGGUACCACAAGCUGCCGACUAUUACAAAAUAUUGUUGUUAAAUCAGGGAUACUGGUUCCUAUUUUACAGCGUAAGAACAUCUGAAAUUAGGAGUUGGACUCUUUACGUGUUGUCAGGAUCGUGGGAUGGAGAGGUUAUGGUUUAG